AUGGCCUCCGUUACUGGCAUUGACGUCAGUAGCCCCAGUCCUUGGGGUAGAACUAGAAAGAAUGCACUUUCUUGCUACCCCUCUGUUGACUUCUCCUGUGUUCCACAUGGGUGUGUUGUUUUUGUCCAGCAGAGCCAACGGGGGCCGUAUCAGGACCCGGAGCCGGAGCUGAGGCUUCUCCUCUCGGGGAAGAGUGGUGCAGGAAAAAGCGCCCCAGGAAACAUGAUUCUGGGCAAAAUUGUGUUUGUGUCCAGAUGGUGACAAAAACGUGCCAGAGAGCGAGGGGUCCACAGGAGAGGGAAGUUUGUGGUCAUCGACACCCCCCACAUUUUCUCCUCCAUCUCUUGUGCCAAAGACAAGCAACGCAACACUGAAAGCUGCUUGGACCUCCACGUCCUGCUGCUGGUAAUUGCCAUCGGCUGUUAUAAGGCGGAGGACAAGGAGGCAGUCACGGGUAUCCACGAGCUGUUUGGAGCCAACACCAAGAAGUACAUCAUUACCGUUUUCACUCAGGAGGAUGAUUUGGAGUUUGACGCCCUACAAGCUUACGUCAGUGGGGAGGGGUACCUCCCGGAGCUGGCUGAAAACUGCGGAGGCCAAAACUGUGCUCUGACCAACGGGGCAAGCGAGGAGGAGUGGCCCAUCAGCACUGGACACACAAACGGACCGUCUCUUCCCUUGGCUUCAAUACAACUACACUCUUUGUUUUCUAACUCCUUCCCUUGUGGGCUACGCCAGAGAUUCCUGAGCUCUCCUCGCGUAGCCUCUGAAAGUUGGCACCUUCAGGGCAUGGUUCUAGGCUUUCCUCAACUCUGCCUUCCAGCUCUGAGCUCCGCCGACCGCUAUGUCCUGCUGCUCAGAACACUACCGGCCUUCUCUGUAAAAACCGACAAGGAUGAGAAAGCAGAACAUCUGCCCGCAUCUCUGAACUCAGCUACAAGGGGAGAUGUUGAAUCUGCUCUUUUUCCCCCUGGGCAAGAGGAGAAGCCACUUCUGGCCCCAGGAUGUGAGCUGAACCCUGGGCCACCGGAGCUGAAGGUCCUGCUUGUAGGCAAGCGUGGAGCUGGGAAGAGUGCAGCUGGGAACAGCCUUCUGCGGAAUCGAGUCUUUAAGACCAAAUUCAGCGAAGGGUCAGCCCCCCAGAGGUUUGUGUCUGCGAGCAGAAUCUGGAGAGAGAGGAAAGCUGUGAUCACGAUGCUCCAGAAAUCUCGUCUUCAAGGGACCUUAAAACGGAGCUCCAGAGACCUGCCCUUGGGUGCCCCCUCGCCCUCCUGCUGGAAAGAAGACCUCGGGGAUCAGAAUCUACGGAUGUUCCUGAAACACAGAAAUAAAGCUCUCUACAACCUCACUGACGUGUGCAGUGACCGGUACUUCGUCUUCAACUGCUGAGUGACGAGGGAAGAGGAGCAGAGCCAGGCAGGCGAGCUCCUGCAAACAGUUGUGGGCAUUGCAACAGAAUGGGGGCAGGCCCUGCAGCUUCACAGGGGAAGGUACACAGCAGCGCGUGUCCGGAACCAUGCUUGGGCAGAGAGCUGCUGCGUCAGAGGGUGGCCCGAGUGCUCUCGGAGCAUCCUCUGCCAUGGCAUCUGGCAGCGCUUUGAAAACUGCCCCCAGAUCAGCCCGUGGUCAUCCAUCUUUCCUGCUUUCUUUUCAACAGAGACCCUGAGCACUGCGCUGGUGGGGAAGCGCGCCACCGGGAGCACCAUCCUUGGGGACCCCGACUUCCGCUCACGUUUCCAAGCACAGGCGGUGACCUCGACGUGCCAGAGCAGCAAGAGGAUGUGGGGCAGGCUGCAGGUGGUGGUUGUGGACACGCCUUCACUCUACCUGACGACCAGUGCGGAGGGAGGUCUGUCCCAGCUGGAGGAGGAGGUCAGAGGCUGUUUGUCCUGUUGUGAAGAAGGGAACAAGGUUCUGGUCCUGGUGUUCCAGCUGGGAUGGUUCACUCAGGAGGACAAAAGGGCAGUGAAGGACUUGGAGAGCAUUUUCGGAGAGGAAGGACACAACGUGCUGUUCACUUGGAAGGAAGAUCUUGAGUCAGGGGCUGAAGAGUAUGUGCAGAGCACAGAUAACAAAACUCUUAAGAACAUCAUUAAAAGGUGUGUGGGGGCGGGCCGAGUCUGUGCUUCUAAUAACAGAGAAAUGGGCCAAACCAGGGAAAACCAGGCAACAGAUCUUCUGGAAAUGGCUGAUAAGCUGAUAAAGAGCCACGGAGGGCAGGGGGUCCCCACGAAUGGGAGAAAGUCAGCAAAAUCAUUAAAAAUAUCUGAGAUCCUGGUUACCUACAUUGGAAACAGUGACACACUCCACUGA